AUGGGUGGCGGUGUUCCUUGGAAUUUACCCCAGACUGUGUGAGGCAAUGAGGCACAGCCCUCUUGUUGAAGAAAACUGUGGAAAGUAUCCAUGACAAUAACCCAAACCCCAAAAAGUGAGUCAGGCUCUGUCAAGGAAGUAGUUUAAGUCUGGAUAUUGAAGAUAACUUGACCGCGGACAAAUUGGCUAGUAGUGGUGCGUUCAGGAUUGCGGAUGACCGGCAGUGGGGUUGUGUCUCUGAGAAAGUUAAACCGGGAGCGACUCAGGAUCUGGAUGUUUUCUCUCCGACUUCGGGCCGGCAUGGAAGUUUUACUGGACACCUGUGGACGGCGAGGAGUCAGACCUCUGCUGCUCUUAUGCCUCUUUGUCGUGAAGGCAACAGCCGACUGUCCCAAACCUCAGGGCAGAGGAAACAUUGUCUUAACCAACGAAGCGCUCCUAAUGAACGAUUUUCCAGAGGGCGUUGUCGUCACUUUAGAGUGUGCUAACGGGUAUUACAAAGAAAGUGGCUCUGGGAUUACAACCUGCAUUGACGGGAACUGGAAUGAACCAGAUCUCAUCUGCCAAAAGAGGGACUGUGGUCUCCCUAAAUCUCAGCCGAAUAUGAGCUUUAACACCAGUGCUGGUACUCUGUUUGGUGCCGUAAUAAGAGUAGUUUGUGAUAAAGGCUACCAGCUUAGCGGGUCGAGCUACAAGCAGUGCUACACGGCAGGGUGGAGUGGAAGAGCCAAGUGUCAAAUUGUGACAUGUGACACGCCUGCUGAAGUGGCCAAUGGCAGAAGCUCGUGGGAUUCUGAGGAUGUCCCAGCGUAUGGAGAAAUCAUAAAUUACACCUGUGAUGAAGGAUACACCCUCGUUGGGAAAGAUAGCAUUGUGUGCAGCGAGACCGGUGAAUACGAUUCUCAGCCUCCUGAAUGCAAAGAAAUGCUAACAGCGACACCUACGCCUCCAGCGCAAGAGGCCUCCACUUCUACAGAUUCAUCUGCCACACCCACAGCUCAUGCACCUUUCACAACCACUGCAACACCAGCCGCCUCACCUUCAGCGCCAGGUAGCAGAGGCAUUCUGACAGCCGAGGAGGAAGCCGCUACAACCAGCGUAACGUCAACAACAUCAUUUCAAGACAGGCACAACGAGGCUGUAGAUGCUAACAAGGAUAACGGAUACAUACCUGUUAUAGUCAGUGUGAUAUGCGUUUCUUUAGUUGUUUGCAUAGUAAUUCUCUUUUUACACAAGUUUCUGCUGAAGAGAAAAGGCUCAUAUGACACCAGAGAAGACCUGAAGCCGGAGUUAUUACAGUUCCAAAAUCUUUAGGUUGCCUGCCUGACUAAGCUCUGCAAACGGAACCAGGCCUAUCUGUUAAAGAGCAUCUGUGACCAGGAGGGACGUUCCAGCAAACUGUAGCAGCGCCUCUCUGAGUCAGUGUGGGAAUAAACUCACUUCAAUGUUAUUGCACUUCAAGUAGCAGAUAAUCAGACGUAAAAGGAUCAUAAUUUAAAUGAACAUCCAAUGAUGAAAAGAACUUUUUGAGAUGAUGUAUUUUUUUAUUGCCACUUUAUUUUAACAACUGUAAAUAUUUAAUGCCACUAUAGUAUUAUUAUUUUGUACAUUAUUUAUGUUAUAAACUGGAAUAAACACUUUAACAUUCAA